AUGAAAAUAAAUAUGGAACAUUCAGUGAUUCAAUUGGAUGAUUUACCUGAUGAGAUUCUUAUGAUUAUCUUUAAAAAUAUGUACAAAGCUGAGGUACUCUAUUCUUUAAUAGGUGUUAAUCAACGAUUUAAUACAAUUGCACAUGAUCCAAUUUUUACUAAUCAUUUGAUCUUACUGAGACAUUCCUCAGAUGGUUUUAUCUACCCAUCAACUGAUUCAAUGCUUGAUCGAUUUUGUUUUCAAAUUUUACCUAAAAUUUACCAUAAAAUCAAAUGGCUUGAUCUUGAAUCAUCAUCUAUGGAACGUAUUCUUCUUGCUGCAAAUUAUCCUAAUUUAUAUGGACUUACUUUAUAUAAUAUUGACGUCGAAACAGCUAGACAUUUCUUUACUGUCGAAACUGCUUUAUAUGAUCUAUUUAAAAAUCAAAUUUUAUCACUUAUUAUUCAUAUUAGAGAAGAUAACAAACAAGGUUUUAGAGAAGUUGCAAAUGCAUUUAUAUUUACAAAUAUCUUUACUAUGUUCACCAACCUACAAUAUUUAAAAUUCGGUCAAUCUUCAAAUUUGUAUCCACAGUUAUCGUUUGAUAUUCCAUCUCCAAGUGUUAUCUCUUCAACUCUCUUAGAACUACAUGUCACUGUAAAAGAUUUCAUCGAUUGUCUUUAUUUGCUUGAUGGAUGUUUCAAUCAACUUCAUACACUUCAUGUUAAUUUUUUUUUCAUUUGCUCUUCACAACUAACAAUCAAUAAUACGGAAAAUCUGCCUAAUUUAAAAUGCUUUUCGCUAUAUUGUCAUACAGAGACAGUUGUUUAUGAUGAAUUAGUUGUUCCACUUCUACAUCGAAUGUUGAAUUUAGAAAAACUUGGUUUAUAUAUUAGAGUUUGUGGCAAGAACACAUUUGUUGAUGGCAAUGAUUUGAAGAAAAAUAUUAUCAAUAAUAUGCCACGAUUAAACAAAUUUCUAUUUAACAUUUCUUCAACUAAUCGUCUUCAUAAUCAAAUUAAUUUACCAUCGAAUAAAGAUAUUCAAUAUACAUUCAAGGAUUUUCAAGAUAAUCAUAUUAUUUCAUGUGUUGAUUAUUUUUCCGAGGCUGAACGAAGUCAAUGUCAUAUUUAUUCAUAUCCAUAUCAAUUGAAAUAUUACGAUAACAUAACCAAUAAUUUUCCAGGUGGACUCUUUAAAUGUGUUUGUGUAAUAUCAUUAUUUGAUGAACGACCUUUUGAAUAUGAAUUUUUUCUCCGAAUUGCUCAAUCAUUUCCAUUUAUGAAAAAAUUAACUUUGAUUAACAUGAAAUCUCAAAAUGGUAAACGAUGUAAAAAAUCAGAAGAUGACAAUCAAGAUUUAUCAAUCGUUGAAUAUCCUCAUCUUACUAAACUUGAUCUUAUUGAAGCUCAUGAAGAUUAUAUUGAACAAUUUCUAAUUGAUACGAAAACGUGUUUGUCGAAUAAUGUUUAUCUUGCUGUCCUGUAUCAACCACUGAGAAGAGUAACAGAAAAAUUUACAAGAAAUGCAACACGAAUCAAUUGUGAAAAAUUGCGUUCUUUAGGUCUACAGGGUAAAUAUAGAAUCCCUAAAUAUGUAAAACAAUAUUUUCCUCAUACAAAAAUAUUAUGA